GGAGGAGGAAGGUCUUGGUGUGAGACAAACAGCAUGUGAACGAAGAAGAGGGUGGCGUCAACCAAGGCGGCGUGCGCACGCGGGUUCACGUACCUCAAUGUUGGGACAGACCCCCUUGAAUUCAUCAAAAUGGGCCCGAAUCGGCGAGCGCUGCGCCCGCUGGGUGCCCAGGUUACCUGACAUGAACAAGGUGGCGAACAGCAUCGUUGAAUGUACCACAUCUGAGGAGACAUUACCAACGGAAACCCGGGAAGAAGAGCGCAGCAGCGGCCGCGAAGAACGCCUCUUGCGAUGUAACAUGACCUCCGCCUACUUGGUUUUGCUGGCAGCGGGAAUGCUCGUGGCCUGCUCCGUCUACAUGGGCAGCUUCGUAGCAGCCAACCAGCACAGCCCUUUGUCGUCGGACUCGUCCUCGAGGAAAGUGUGCCGCAGCCAAGUGUGCAGGGAGGUCGCCAAAAGCAUUGCCAAAUCUCUCAACCGAAGCGUAGAUCCCUGCAAGAACUUCUAUAAAUUCGUUUGCGAUGGCUGGAAGAGGAGGCACCCGGUCCGCCGAAACGAAGUCAGAAGCAGUCCGUUCUCUUUGGUGGGAAAGGAGCUCGACAAUAUCAUCAAGAAGGCCUUAAAGAAAGUUUCUCUGGCGCGAAUGAAGCAGAGUGCGCUCGAAAAAGCAGCCGUUAUGUACAAGCAGUGUCUUGACAACUACAGUUCCAUGAACUCGACCGAGUCGACGAAGAUACUUAAAGAACUGCUCAACUACCUGCACUUGCCGUGGCCGGAGGUCACUAGAAAUUCGUCAUUUAGCCUGUUUGAAGUGAUGGUGCAACUCUCGUUGAGGUGGUCGAUCCCCAGCCUUUUCAGCGUGUCCGUCAUGCCUGACCCGGAAGAUACGAAGACAAACAUCCUGGUCAUCAAUACAAUGGAAAAUCUCGACGUGGGCUUCCACCAGUUACAGACGGGAAACAAUUCAAAGAAUGACACGCAGGACAUUAUUUUUAUGAGAAUGGUGCAGAAGAUCGCGAACCUUCUAGGCAGCAGCAAUGUCACCUACAAGACAGUGGCGGAGAAUGUGGUCAUGGCGCCAAUUAUAAUCGCCUCCGUGAAGCACUUUCAUUUCGAAGUUCUUGGAAGGACAGACGCGUGGCCGCCGAAGAAGUACCAGAUAAAACAUUUGGAGACCUUGACACCGCAGGUAAGCUCUCAGCGGUGGCUCGACACCAUUAACCGUUACCUGCCGGUGAACGUCCGCGUUAAUGAGAACGAUGACGUCAUCGUCAUGAGCCCUGGGUACUUGUGGCUGGUAACCAGCCUUAUUCACCAGAACAACACGGCACGCAUGUUCACAGACUUCAUUGGUUGGUCCCUGGUAUUCCUGCUUGGUCCCGUGUCUUCGAAGGAAAUUAGAGAAAUUUUGAAUAAGUAUGGGCAAGAAAUCGGAAUGGACUUCGCAGAUUCUGACAAGGAGAAGCUGUGCCGGAAGGACGUCGAAGACUAUCUUCCAAUGUCCUACGGUGCUAUUUUCGUUCACUCGUACACACCCGACUAUGUGAAGGACGAUGCUAAGGUCGUUGUGGACCACAUCAAGCUCGCGUUUGCGUACGCUUUGAGGCGAAAUUCCUGGAUGGAUGACCAGACAAGGACCCGCGCCAUGGCCAAGGUGCAGAGGAUAGUCUCUCACGUAGCGUACCCCGACUGGAUUAAAAACAAGACCGAGCUCGAUGAAUCCCACGCAGACAUCCCCGAUAUCGAGGGGCCGUACAUCAAGAUCCUGAUGGAUCUCAAGGAGGUCUACACGUUUCGUUCUCUCACGGUUCUCCGCCAGCCCAACACCAGGGACGAGGAGUUCUGGUCUUUCAGCCCUGCCACACUGAACGCCUUCUACGAACAUUCUACCAACAGCAUAACUAUUCCGGCAGCUAUUCUCAACUUCCCGUUUUACUCCUAUGGCCUUCCUCCUGCGAUGAACUACGGCAGCAUCGGCGCUAUCAUUGGUCACGAGAUAAGUCACGCUUUCGACACCCUGGGAAGUCACUUUGAUGACAGCGGCAACCUGAAGAACUGGUGGACGAAAGAGACGAAGAGCAAUUUCAUACUGAAGAACUACUGUUUUGUGAUGCAGUACAACAGCAUCUACGAGCCACACAGCAAGCGCCAUUUAAACGGAAAACAGACUCUGUCGGAAAAUAUAGCCGACAACGGUGGACUGAGGCAGGCCUUCUACGCGUACAGGUUGCAUGUGGAUGAGCACCCUGGUGGAAGGGAAGAGAACAUUCCAUUGGAAGGACUGGAAGAGUUCACUCCCGACCAGUUAUUCUUCAUCAGCAGUGCAUACAAGUGGUGUGCUGACAUCAACCCAAAAGCCGUCAAGAUGAUUAUGAACUCUGAUUCACAUUCCUUGGAGGAGUACCGUUGCAAUGUAGCGGUUGAAAACAUGGUGGAAUUUUCUAAGGCUUUUAGGUGUGGUGACAGUGAAGAGAUGAAUCCGAGCAGAAAAUGUGUUGUCUGGUAAAGGGAACUUGCAAUUAAAACACUAUUUAUGUUUCA